GGAACUUUGCCCUUUGUACAAAUGGCGACUUACGGUGAAACACGCUGUACCAUAUAACCCUGUAAGGAUCAUCCGGCCCGUUUUCCUCGUCGUGGAAAUAAAAAGUUGAGACUUCUGGCUCGGCUGAUAACCGGUUAAACUGAUUGGAUCGAAAGGAACGCGAUCACGUCGAGCGCGCGACAAAUCGAGCGAUAAAUCGUACUAAUAAAUACGUAUAAAUAAUGGGUAACGUGAUGGCCGCAUCCGCACGUCUUCCACCUCCGCCGCCUUACAAUCCGCCACCGGGUCCCGGACUGACACCGAAUUUAGGGAAACAGGACCCGUCCACGGACGUGUACGCGCCUGCCGAGACGCCUACUCAGAUCGAGAAUCCUGGUACCAUCGAGGACCUACACAAAAAGUGUAAAGAUAUAUUUCCUAUAAAUUUUGAGGGUGCAAAAUUGGUUGUCAAUAAAGGAUUGAGCAACCAUUUCCAUAUUUCACAUACCAUUAAUAUGAGUUCUGUGAUACAGUCUGGUUACAGAUUUGGUGCAACUUAUGUUGGUACAAAACAAAUUUCACCUACAGAGGCAUAUCCUGUAUUGUUGGGCGACAUUGAUCCAAGUGGAAAUCUUAAUGCCAAUAUCCUUCAUCAGCUUAGUUCAAAACUCAAAGGAAAAUUGGCAGCACAAGUGCAGAGAAAUAAAUUCACCGCUAUACAAAUGACAGCUGAUUAUCGAGGUGAUGCAUAUACCUGCUCGUUAACAUUAGGCAAUCCAGACAUCCUUAAUUGUUCUGGUGUACUUGUUUUACAUUACUUACAAAGCUUAACUCCGUCACUCGCAUUGGGUGGUGAGCUUGCAUAUCAACGUGGACCUGGUUUGCCAGGUGGACAAAUCGCAUUAUUGUCCGCUGCAGGAAGAUAUACGCUCGGUGACUCCACAUUUAGUGGCAGCAUUAGUCCAUCCGCUUGCCAUCUCUGUUUCCACCAACGUGCUAGUCAACAAUUACAAGUAGGCGUGGAAUUGGAAAUCAAUGCGCGCAUGCAGGAAUCGACGGCAACAAUCGCUUAUCAAGUCGAUUUACCUAAAGCGGAUUUAGUGUUUAAAGGUAGUGUAGAUACGACUUGGACAGUAGGAGCAGUUCUAGAAAAGAGGCUACAACCGUUACCAUUUUCGUUCGCACUUAGCGGUAUGAUCAAUCACAGCAAGCAGCAGUUUAGACUGGGUUGCGGCCUAAUCAUCGGUUAAGAACGACGCUCUAUUAUACGAUUUGCAAGAUGCAGAUCCGAAGUAAAUCGGGAACUCCGCUUUUUGUGCAGUCGGACAAUCGUGCAAUCUUAAGAUCCACGAUGCUGUAUCGAUUCCUUUCCGAUUUCAAAGAACAUCUGACAUGUCGUGUUUCGUUAAAACUAUAACUCAUGUUAAGCGAUCGUGUUAAUUUGAUUAAAAGAUCUAUACGGAUUUUUGGACUGAAUUUCUCGUUUUAAUAUACUCUCCAUGUUCUUUUUUUUUAUUUUUAUCUACAACAAUUUGUCAUUGAGAUAAAAGAUAAUACAUAGUAAAUAUGCUACAUUAUCUUUUUCAAAGAAUUGAGAUCCAUAUUAAAAUUCCGAUAUAUUUUUGUGAAUAUAUAUCUUAUUACAAGAAUCUAAUUCAUUUUUUAGAUUAUAUUAUUUAUAUAAUGACUACAUUCUAAAUUAAUUAUUAAAUUUAUUAAUAUAUCAAUCUCUGUCAGACUAGCAACCAAAUUACGAAAGCUACAUGAGUAAGUGUGUAUUUGUACAGAAAUAUUGAAACAAAGAUAUUGAAUAACAAUUGAUUAAAUAUU